GACAGUUAUUUAAUUAUGGCUUCCUUUUAUGUAUUGUCGAGUGUGGUGUGUACAUUAUAGAAAGUAAAAGCGUUAAUUUGUGAUAAGUCUUGAACAUUUGGCUAUAUUUCGUAUAUGCAACAUUGAAUAUCAAUUCGAUUUACGUUGUAGUUGUAAUAUUGUGAUUGUGGUUUAGCGUAAAUAUAUCGAAAAUGGACGAAGAGACCGGCUCGGAAGCCCCUGUUCAAAGGGCUAGAUGUUUCUUCGACGUUUCAAUCGGCGGCAUCAACAGCGGCAGAAUCGUCUUUGAACUAUUUACGGACAUCGCCCCGAAAACUUGCGAGAAUUUCAGGUCAUUGUGCACGGGCGAAAGGGGUUUGGGCGAGGAAACCAACAAACCUCUCCAUUAUAAGGAUGUUAUUUUUCAUCGAGUUGUACAAGAUUUUAUAAUACAAGGAGGGGACUUUUCGAACGGUAAUGGAACGGGCGGUGAAAGUGUUUACGGAGGAACAUUCGAAGACGAGAAUUUUACAUUAAAGCACGACCAGCCAUUGCUCUUGUCGAUGGCUAACAGAGGAAAAGACACCAACGGAUCGCAGUUUUUCAUUACAACGCAACCGGCGCCCCAUCUGGACAAUGUACAUGUUGUUUUCGGGAGAGUUGUGGGUGGUAUCGAGACAGUUAGACAAAUCGAAUUCCUACCGGUAGAUGCCAACAGUAGGCCUUUGCAAGAUGCGAAGAUUAUUAAAUGCGGUGAACUGAUUAAGCAAGUGAAAGCGAAAAAAGACAAGAAGAAAGAAACCGACGAAGAGGUUAACGAUGAAAACGACGAGAGAAAGUCGAAGAAGAAGCAUAAAAAAGAAAAGAAAAAGGAGAAAAAAGAGAGGAGGCAAAAAAAAGAGGAAAAAUCCGAAGGGGAAAAGGACGAAGGCGAAUUGGAACCGCAUCCUUUGGUAACCGUCACUAAUAUUAACCCGGACGACAUACCGGAGGUGCCUAAAAAUAAAUUUCUAAUGAGAGGCGAAAACAAAAAGGACAAUGAGAAUUCGGACGAUCGUCCAAACAAAAAAGAUAGCGGAAGGGACAGGAAUUUCAGGGAAAGAAACGACAGGGACAGAGGCAAAAGAGACUGGAAUUCGAACUUCAAUCGAAGAGGCAGACCAUUGACAUCGAAAAGCGGAAGGACAAUCAAAGGACGUGGAAAAUUCAGGUUCAGAACGCCGUCCAGGAGCCGUUCCCGCAGCGGCACGCCCGUCCAUUGGCGCAAGGAGGAGUCGCGCGUGAUCAAAAUGUCGGAAUUGCAGCGGCUCGAGACCCAACGGAGGAAGCUCGACGAGACCAGAGAGCAGAGGCGGCGAAGCGGCACGCCCGAAUUGCCCUUCGGGAAAUCGUUCACGCCGCAAGCCGACGAGCCGGCGGCCGCGAAAAACCGCGAGGUCGAUUACAACGCGUUGGAUUACGAGGAUCACACCGACGAGGAGGAUUCGAGGAAAUUGGUGCCCAGCUUGGUGCAGUAUCCCCUGCCGGGCGCUUACAACCGAUACAAGAGCAAGGAGGAGCUGGAGAGGGAAAUCAAGCAGGUAGACGAGGAGGAGAAGGAGGCCGAGGAGAUCAAUAAGAGAUCGGAUUUCUUGGCGAUGGCUCUCGGCGUUCAGAUCAAAACCGGCGAGGAUCCGCCGACGGGCGAGAUGAAAUUGAGCGGGUACGCCAACAAAAUGCAGCAAAGACAAGGGAAAUUCGGGCAAGCGCCGCCUGCGAAGAACCAGAACAAUCGUUUCGGUAAAGUGACGGCGCGCCUGUUGGAAUUGGCUGGGCACGAGAACGUUCAAAUGCCUUCGCAGAUGGCCAGCAAGGUGGAAGAGAAGCGUAGCAGGAACAAGUUCGAGACCGAGAAACCGGCGGUAGAGGAGAACCGGUUCGAAAGAAACGGUCGAUACGUAGAAGCCAGAAGGCACGACAAAAGCAGAAGAGAUAGGGAUAAGGAGAGGAGAGAUAGGGAGAGACCGAGGGAGCAGAGAAAAAGGAGCAGAUCGCGUAACAGAACAAGGAAGACUUCCCAAUCGGUUAGAAGGCGAUCGAAGAGCAACGAAAGAGCGAACAGAUCGAAAUCGCCGGAAGAGGAUAGAAGCAAGAAGGACGAGGAAAAGGAAAAGGAUGUUUUCAAAGUGGACAAAGACGCCGAAGAGAAGUACAGGAAAUUGCUCAUUUUGCGCAAAAAGAUGGAGUUGCUGGAAUUGAAGAAAAAAGAAGAAAUGGUAAUGCGAUUGAUGGAGGAGAAGCAACGUAAAGCUAAAGAGGAGAGCGAAAUGCUGGAGAAAGCGAAAAAGGCGAAACGCGAGGCGGUCGAGAAGGAGAAAUUGUUGAAGACGUACAGGGUGCUCCAAGAAUUAGACGGGAAAAAGGACGAUAGAAAAAGAAGGGCGAGUUCGUCGAGUUCUAGCAGUAGCAGCUCGGAUAGUUCGGACAGCGACAGAUCCGGGAAGAAAAGUCGCAAGACUAAAUCGAGGUCUAGAUCUAGGGGGAAGAGACGCCGACGCUCAUCGUCCGGAUCGUCGAGGAGCAGGUCAAAGGAUAGGUACAGAGGUAGAUAUUCUUCGAGAAGACAUCACCGAUAGGGAGAGGGUUUCCUGUUAUUAUUUUUCAUUUUUUACGUUUAUUCACGAAUGUAUUGCGAAUGGAUUCCUUUAUAUAAAAGUCACGUUGUGUGAUGUCGAAAAAGGAAAAUCGUCUUGUAUUUUACUGUUUUCUCACAGCAAUAAUGAUGAAAUUUAUGCGUUUAGCUAGUUAAUUUGUGAAGUAAACAUUUUUUUGGAUUAUUUAUCCGACGGUAAAUAAUAAACUUAUUCUUAAUAUUAAU